GGCCGCGGGGACUCGCGGUAAAUGGCGCUGGUGGCGCGAAAGUUGAGUGUCGGGUGCGCAGAGCUUUCGGGGCGAUGUGUAGCGACUUCCACAGGGCUGAGUCUGGGACGCAGCUCCUUGCCCGACUUGAAGGUAGAAGUUCCUUGAAAGAAAUAGAACCGUAUCUAUUUGCUGAUGAAGAUUCAUCUGUCCAUGGUGACAUUCUUGAAUUUCAUGGUCCAGAGGGAACCGGAAAAACAGAAAUGCUUUAUCACUUGACAGCGCGGUGUGUGCUUCCAAAAUCGGAAGGCGGGCUGGAAGUAGAAGUCUUGUUUAUUGAUACAGAUUAUCGCUUUGACAUGCUCCGGCUCGUUACGAUUCUGGAGCGCAGACUGUCCGGCGGGUCCGGCGGGUCUGAAGACGCGGUGAAGCGGUGCCUCGGGAGGCUCUUUGUGGUCAGCUGUGGCAGCAGCACGCACCUGCUCCUCACCCUGCACUCCCUAGAAAGCACCGUCUGUGGCCACCCUUCCCUCUGCCUUCUGAUCUUGGAUAGCCUGUCCGCCUUUUACUGGAUAGACCGCGCCAACGGAGGGGAGAGCGUUAACUCCCAGGAGUCCGCUCUGAAGAAGUGUUCUCAAUUCUUAGAGAAACUUGCACACGAGUAUCGCUUAGUUGUUUUUGCAACCACACAAAGCCUCAUGCAGAAAGCCUCCGCCUGGACCGAAGGGCCUUCCUCGGCCGAAGCGGACUACAGGCCCUAUCUCUGUAAGGCGUGGCAGCGGGUGGUAAAGCACAGACUGUUUUUCUCCAGACCAGAGGAUUUGAAAACCAGCAACCGGUUUUCUUUAGUUUCACAUAAUUUAAAAAGUAACAGUUUUAAAAAGCAUGUUUUUAUUAUUGGAGAAAGUGGCAUUGAGUUUUGUUGAUACGUAUCACAAAAUGGUGUUUUCCGGGAUAUUAUACAAAAUUGAAAAAGUCUUAAUGGGCUAAAAUGAUUUGAUUAUAAGGUAUAAAACUCUGGGAGAAUUAAUGUAAAUGUUUCUAUACAGAAUGGAUUUUUUUGUUCCAGAAUAGAUUUCUUUCUUUUCUUUUUU